AUGUCCAAUCCAGUAAAAGAUGAUGAAAAAUUGUUGUCAACACAAUUAGUGCAUGAUAAAACGGAUAAUGCUGUUGAUGCAACAGUAAAGGAUGGCGAGUGUACUCUGGAACAAUUUAAUAAAAAUGUGACAGUAAAAGAUGAUGAAAAAUUGUUGUCAACACAAUUAGUGCAUGAUAAAAAGGAUAAUAAUGUUGAUGAAACAAUAAAGGAUGGCGAGUGUACUCUGGAACAAUUUAAUAAAAAUGUGACAGUAAAAGAUGAUGAAAAAUUGUUGUCAACACAAUUAGUGCAUGAUAAAAAGGAUAAUGAUGUUGAUGCAACAAUAAAGGAUGGCGAGUGUACUCUGGAACAAUUUAAUAAAAAUGUGACGGUAAAAGAUGAUGAAAAAUUGUUGUCAACACAAUUAGUGCAUGAUAAAAAGGAUAAUGAUGUUGAUGCAACAGUAAAGGAUGGCGAGUGUACUCUGGAACAAUUUAAUAAAAAUGUAUUAUGCAAACUGUAA